GGCUUAGCGCUUCUGAUUGGCCGGUGGUGCGGUUUGAACUCAUCGAUGGCUGUUGCACUUCCGUGUGGAAAAGCCGACAAAAUUCGGCCCCAGGUCUUAAACCUCCAACUUCCAUACGUGCUCCCGAAAGUCUUUCCUAUUGUAACGAUUCCAUCUCUUAAAUAUAUUCGGAUCAAACGUCAAUCUAAACAAUCUCUUGUUCAAUUUCUGCUCUCCCUCAAACCUCGCUAUUUCUAGUGCGCGUUAUGGGGAUUUUUAGAUGUUUUAGUUAGUCUAAAACUUAACCAACUAAUCCCACCAACGUGACAAAUAUGUACCAUGGUUUUAACGUGUUAAUUAAAAACCUGGUCCGGAUGGUACAGGCAUAUGGAAUCUGCGGUGUUUUUUUGAGCACUGGCUAGUUGGGAACAUUCCGGGAGAUGACGUAAAAAAAGGAAAUCUGCGAACAGAGUAUCUCGGAACUGUCGGACAUUAUCAUGGAAUAGCACAUAUGGCCCAGUUCGGGAGGCUUUCAACAUUAAAGACUUCAGAGAGUACUUCCAUUUAGGACCACCAUUGGCAGUUAAUUUCUGCGUCGUGUAUAACAAUGUCACAGAUCUACCAUACUGAGAAGAUUUAAAGUUUCAGAUAAAAACCGCAGUUACAAUCGUUGAACAUGUUACGAUUGUUACGCUCAAGAGUGGUCUGGAUCACCAUCCGAGUUCUGUUUUGUUUAUUUGUAACUAUGGAAGCGGUUGAAAGGAAGUCGAUAAAACGGGAAAAUACUAAAACUUCAAAUUCUACUGAUCAAAAUUCGACCACAAUUACUCCUUCCACUACUCUUAAAGGCAUGAACGUCAAAAAAACUACACCAGCAGUGUCUGAUUAUUCAAAAGAAAUAGAGACUGUUUUGAAAAAAGAAAAACUGAUCGGACCUAAACUAGUUACUAGAGCACCAAAACAUCUUCUUAAAGUGUCAUACGGUGGAAAACCAGUGCAUCUAGGAACUUCAUUUGACUCAGACGAAGUAGUGAAUGAACCAACACAUAUCAGUUGGCCUUAUGAAGACAACACGUACUAUACCUUCAUGGUGAUUGGGCCUGACGUACCAUCAAGAGAGAAUCCAGAUCCUGAGUUCCUCUCUUCGUGGGAACAUUGGAUGAUCGGAAAUAUUCCUGCGAAUAACUUAUCGGCAGGUGAUGUGCUAUCCGAGUACGUCGGUAUCACUGGCCCCGAGUAUGAAAUAGGGACUCAUCGAUUGGUGUUUUUAGUUUUCAAACAGAAUCCAGUGAGACAAUGGACCCUGGAGGGCAUGACCGUUAAUCAAACCAUAAUGUUCGAGGAGGGCUUACUGAAGAAAAAGGUAAUCGGUUUGAUGAGAUCGUCGUUUUACCCGAGGAGGAUACCGAAGAAGUACAACAUGGUGUUGGACCCAAUCGCUGUCAACUUCUGCGUCGUGCACCAAAAGAAACCCGUAUACGUCGAGCCAACUGAGCCUCCGGAUGAGACCGAGACGCCGGAGGACUCGGAAGAACAAGAAGAACUGAGGAGGGCCAAGGCUGAAAAUCGGACGGUUGUAUUCAGUACAACAACCGAGGAAGUGGGAUCCUUAAUCUUGGACAGAUCCAGAACUUGGUCUUAAUGCCGUAGGAAAUCAUUAGGAAAUAAUGAUGUAUGCUUGUAAAUCUGCAAAUACAUGUUUUGAUUUUCUCGUUCUA